GUGGAAGAGGUGGAAAGAGGUGGAAGAGGAGAUGUAUAGCGCUGUAGUAAAAAAUGGCGGAAACCAGGAUCAGUCACAAUCUCAAGGAAAUGCAACUCAGCAGCAGCCGCUAGCGUUUGUAACUGAGCCAGGUUCGUCACAACAGCAAUCUGAACUUCCGGCUGGUUCGUCGCAACAGCAAUUGUUACAGCGGCAAAAUAUACAGAGACAGCCACCGCCUCCGACACAACCUCUUGUAUUUCUCGACCCAGGCUCGUCACAACAGCAAUCUGAACUUUCGGCUGGUCCGUCGCAACAGCAAUUGUUACAGCGGCAAAAUAUACAGAGACAGCCACCGCCUCCGACACAACCUCUUGUAUUUCUCGACCCAGGCUCGUCACAACAGCAAUCUGAACUUUUGGCUGGUCCGUCGCAACAGCAAUUGUUACAGCGGCAAAAUAUACAGAGACAGCCACCGCCUCCGACACAACCUCUUGUAUUUCCAAACCCGGGCUCGUCUCAACAGCAAUCUCAACUUCCGACUGGUCCGUUCCAGCUGCAAAAUGCGCAACAGAGGCAUCAGCAGUUGACGCAAGUGCAACAACACCAGCAACAACCGCCGACGAUUCAAGUUGCGCAACCACAACAGCUGCAACAAAGACUGCCGCUGCAGAAACUUCAGGCAAAUCAUUUAAAUACAGCACACCUUUCGCAACAACAAGUACACCAACAAUUUGCGAUACAGGAAAUUCCAGUACAACAGUCACCGCAACAAUUUUUCCAAUCGACUGAGCAAAAUAUGCCGAACCAACAGCUGGUUCAAUAUAGGCAGCAAAUGCAGCAAGAAGUGCCACAAUAUGUUGAACAGCAAGCCGCGUACCCACAACAGUUCAUAAGUCCGCAAUACUCAGAGCAGCAGCAGCAGCAGUAUGUGCAGCAUAGGCCUUAUUUGCAGCAAACUGUUACUCCAAAGCAAAAGUCUUUCACAGCAAAUAAGACCUCAGGAUAUAAGAAUGAGGAUUGGAAAGAAGAGAUAAAAAAAUUGAAGGAUUUCACGGACAAAGAGAGAUGGAAGCUGGAGACCCGAGUUACUGCUUUAGAAAAUACUAUUAAAAAAAUGAGGCUUGAUGAAAGAGAUAGAGAGAAGGAAAGAAUGGAGAAGGAAUGGGAAAUUGAGAGAGAGGAGUGGAUGAGACAGAAGAAGGAAAAAGAAUGGCGAUCCCGAAAGGAUGGAGAUAGAGAUGGCAGGCGAAAAUGGCAGCGCUUUUAAUUUUUUGUGUUAGCUCUAUAUCGAAAACUAUUUUUUUAAGUUGUCAGAGAUGCAAAUUUACUAAUUUUAAUUUACCCUUUUCUUUUUAAAUAUUCAGUAAAUUGAGUCCAUUUUUUCCGUGCAUUAUAAUUGAUAAUUUUAAAGUAAUUUGUAAUAAUUAAUUAUAUAAAUAUCAAAACUUUAGCACA